AUGGAGGUGAGCACUGUGUCCCCAACUCCUGCCUCACCCACUGAAGGGGACGAUCUCUGUGAGGUAGAUGUCACCAAUGUGGCCAUACACAGUGUGACACUGCUCAUCUGCCUCUGUGGGCUGGCUGGGAACGGGGCUGUACUCUGGCUCCAACGCAGGAAAUCCGUCACUGGCUACAUCUUCAACCAGGCCUUCGAUGACUUUUUCUUCCUCCUCUUCAUGGUCCCCUCCACCCUACUCUUCCUGGUAGAGGCUGUGUCCUGCUCCGUUAUCAUGCCUCCUGUAUACUUGAGCUUCCUCUUCCAGCUGUCAAUGGUCUCCUACAACAUGGGGCUGUACCGGCUGAUGUUUAUCAACACCAAGAGGUGCAGGUCCAUUCGCUACCACCUCUGCUGCCACCUUCCCCAGUACAUGCUGUGGGUGGUAAUGAGAGUCCUGCAGUGGGCUUUCUUCUACUCUGUCAUCGCUCUCAACCCCACCAUCACUUCUCUAUGCCAGGCAUAUGAGCACAAACACUGCUGGGGAGCUGUCAUCUCCCUGUACACGCUCAACUUCUUCCUCUUUGUUGCACCCCUGCCCAUUUCCAGCACAAUCCUCUUCAUUAAGGCCAAGUGUGGCCUCCAGCAGCAGCACCCGGAGAGGCUCGACAUCGUUGUUUUCUUCACUGCACUCUUCACUCUCCCUGUCAGCAUCUCCAAUUUCCUGCAGCAGCUCCAUUACAUGGCUGUGUCCUCCCAGGUUGUUCUCCUCCUCAUCUGCAUCCACAGCAGCAUGAAACCCUUCAUCUACUUCUUGGCAGGGAGCUGCUGGAGGCACUGCUGGAGUCUCGUUACGGACUGCCUCCAGAGGAUCUCUAAUGAGCCAAAGGAGAGCAUUGCCUGCAGCAAUGAUGCUGCUAUGGACACAGGGGUCUGAGCCUGUUGAUCCCUUCCCCUGCUCUGCUGAAGGACCCUGGGACAGUGGCUCUGGGUUUCCUUGAGUCACCUGAGCUAGGAACUCUCCCAUUUGCUCCACUCAGAGGAUCCUUGAAGGCUGACAGCUCCUGGGCCAACUCUCCCACUCCUCGAGGCUCAACUCUUCACCUGGUGAGGAGCUGCAAACGCAUCCAGGGUGAGCCUUUCACUGUCUUUGAGGGCGAUUUUUCACAGGGACCUUGCAGUGACUGUCUGAGUCCACACACGUGUCAUAUUCCCUGUUUCAUUGACUGGAUUUUCUUUGUAAAGAUUUUUUCCCUUGGUGUGCCUGUGCAGUCAGGGCUGGAGUGAA